AUACUGAUUUCUUUACUUCAUAAUCUCCAUCACCAAUCAUUCAAACCAAAGACAAAACAACAACUAGCAUGGAUUAUUCCAAAGCUCGUCUCAGUCUCGCCCUCUUCCUCUUGCUCUCGUUUGCCCUCGUUGCCUCGGCUCGGAUCAUACCCCAUUCAGAAAACCAAGAAGCAGCUUAUGUGAUAAAUGAUUAUCCUGAUCCGGGAGCUAAUCCAAGACAUCGUCCACCACCCCCAUCACGACAUUCGUCCGAAGUUAGCGUUGUCAAGAGUCGCCUCAUCAAGAACAAGCCCUAAUGAAAUUUUGCUUGUUUGAGGAGAAAGAAAGCAUGAGCAAGGAAACUUAAAAAGAGAAAUAACCAUGUACUCCAUGAACCAAUAAUAAACCAAUAAUAGCACUAUAUAAAUGUUA